CAUGGAUCUCCGGUUUACGGAAGAUCAAUUCCAGCAAGCCUGGAGGGGUCUGGAUGAGCCCAUACUGACCGAGGGAUGGCAGCUCUUCACCGACACCAUGGGCAUUCAGAUCUACCGGCUCUAUGACGAGCAAACAGGACUGUAUGAAUAUAAAAUCUAUGGCGGUCUGGCGGACUGUCCAGCAGACCUGUGUGCAGACGUCUACAUGGACCUGGACUACAGGAAACAAUGGGACACCAAUGUGAAAGUUCUUCAAGAAGAGAAAAGUGGAGAAGACAAAGUGAUAUAUUGGGAAGUAAAGUAUCCAUUCCCUUUAUCAAAUCGGGAUUAUGUGUAUGUUCGGGAGAGGCGAGAUCUAGACAUCGGCGAUAGGAAGAUCGUUGUGAUUCUAGCUAAAAGUGUAUCAGUUCCCCAUUGGCCAGAGAAGUCCGGCAUUAUUAGAGUCAACGGUUACAAGCAAAGCCUGGCUAUAGAGAGUGAUGGAAAGAACGGCUGCAAAAUUUUUAUGUAUUACUUUGACAAUCCUGGAGGAAUGAUCCCCCUAUGGCUUAUUAACUGGGCAGCCAAGAGUGGAGUUCCAAACUUCUUGAAGGACAUGCAGAAGGCCUGCAAAGGAUAUAAACAUAGUUCAUCAUGAUAAUUUAAUUU